UGAUUGUCAAUCAUUAGCUUGUCUCUUAUGAUAUUUACUCACAGGCUUAAAGGUUACACACGGAAGCAUGCCAUCCAGUCUUUGCAGCUUUCAAACCGAUCAAGGACAAAAUUCAGAAUUUUCUCUAUUAAGGUGCUGUCAUGGAUCCUUUCUCAGUGGGCUCCCCACAGGAAAUAAUUGAGAGGGUGUCUAAGCAGCUGGGCUGCAGCACUACUUCGCGUGACAUAGCUGAAUAUUUUGACCAACAUGACAAACUGUGGGAUAUGCGUCAGGAAUUCCUGGUUCCGAAAGUAGCUGAUCUUCCGCAAUCUGACCUGACACUUGUGAAUGGCUCAGAAGAUUGCAUUUACUUUGUAGGCAACUCUCUAGGACUACAACCCAAAAAUACCAAAAAGUACAUUGAUGAGGAAUUGGAGAAAUGGGCCAAAACAGGAGUCCAUGGACAUGUGAUGGGGUCGCGCCCUUGGGCCUGGGCUGAGAACAAUCUGGAAGCUCUCAUGGCAAAGGUUGUAGGUGCUAAACCAGAGGAAGUGGCCUUAUUGAAUGGCUUGACUGUCAAUCUGCACCUCUUGAUGCUUGCUUUUUACAAGCCCACUGCAAAACGCCACAAAAUCAUUCUGGAGGAAAAGGCCUUUCCUUCUGAUCAUUAUGCUGUGGAAUCUCAGAUAUGCCUAAGAGGAUUUGAUCCUAGGGAGAGCAUGGUCCUCCUCAAACCCAGAGCAGGGGAGGAGACACUGAGGACGGAGGACAUUUUGUUUACAAUCAAGCGAGAGGGAAACUCUGUUGCUGUGGUGAUGCUCGGUGGAGUCCAGUACUACACAGGUCAGCUGUUUAAUAUGGAGGUCAUCACCAAAGCAGGCCAGGCCCAGGGCUGCUAUGUAGGGUUUGACUGUGCACAUGCAGUGGGUAAUGCAGAGCUGCGACUGCAUGACUGGGGAGUCGACUUCGCCUGCUGGUGCACCUACAAAUAUAUGAACUCUGGAGCAGGUGGUUUGGCAGGAGCGUACAUACAUGAGAAACAUGCGUACACAGUCAAACCUGCGCUUCUUGGUUGGUGGGGACACAAGUUGGACACUAGAUUCCAGAUGACCAAUGUGAUGAGCCUGCAGCCUGGAGUUAGUGGAUUCAGACUCUCAAAUCAACCCAUUUUACUGGUGUGUCCCCUACAGGCCAGUCUAGAGAUCUUUAACAAAACCACCAUGAGGGAUCUGAGGAAGAAGUCCAUCCUGUUGACUGGUUAUUUGGAACAUCUGCUGAAGCACUACUACAGCGAGGACAAGUUGGAGCCACAGAAACCUCACGUCCGUAUCAUCACACCCAGUAACCCGGCAGAGAGGGGCUGCCAGCUCUCACUCUCCUUCUCGGUUCCCAUCAGAGUCAUCUUUCAAGAGCUUGAGAAAAGAGGAGUUGCAUGUGACAUGAGGGAACCGAACGUACUACGUGUAGCUCCUGUUCCUCUCUACAACUCCUUCACUGAUGUACAUCGCUUCAUCAUGGUGCUCGGAGCAGCUCUGGAAGCCACCAAACAACAUAACUGAUCUCUGACACUGAAAAUACCUGAAAACUAGUUGGAGACCAUUUUAAAUGUGGAAGAGAGAUCCUGGUUACUGAUAGACACAAGCAUUGUUUUCAGCAUUUUUGGGCAACAUAAUCUUUACCCAUGGUUAUUAAAGAUAUAAAUCCAUACCAAUUAUUUACUGUAUUCUCACAUGACCUUGACAUAUGGUUGAGCUCGGAUUUUUCAGUAUGGCGUACUGGUCAAAUCUGACAUUGUAGAGUGAAAUAAUGAUUAUAAAAUAUGUUCAUAUUCUCCAGAAUGUUAAUAGUACAAUAAAAUAUUAAAAGCACAUAUAUUACAUA